CCAUAGCUGUAGCUGUAGUCUUCAGCGCUGGGCGCUGGUAGGUGGUAGAUCGUAGAGUGAGAGAGAGACUGGCGGAGGCCAGUGAUACUUACCUGUGGCGCCAUCGCUCCAGCUCCAUCUUCGUGGUACGUGCAUCAAGAUGCCAACUUCACAGAUUGUUGAUUAUGGCGCUGCUAGUUGUUGCGUAGAAGGCACUGGUGGUAGUCUGACGAGUGUACAACAGAAGAAAGUGGAUGACGCCUUCGUGCAGAUCUGCGGGGCAAUCGCCGACAUGUCGAUGAAGGUCAGGUUGGAGGCGUGUUUGGGGCUCGGUCGUCUUGUCAGAGCAAGUGAGAAGGUUCUAAUUCAGUCCUUAAGCAAGAAGAUCCUCCUCAAUAAAGACACCAGAGAUAGAGACGAAAGGGAUACCGAGCGGCUGGAGGUCAAUGGAGGCGGAGGGGGGAAGGAGGAAGAGUCUAUUCCCAUGGACGAUGACGAUAAUAUUGAGGUUUCGAAAAAUGCAGAAGGAAACAUGCUAUUGGCGAACGUCUCAGCAGGGGUGCUAAUCCAUGCGUUGGAGGAUGAGUUCAAGGAGGUCCGUCUUGCAGCGAUCGAUUCCAUCACCAAGUUGGGAAAAGGGUGCUCUGCGUUCGCGAAGAGAGCCUCCGGCUUUUUACUCGAUAUGCUGAGCGAUGAGUUUCAUUCCGUCAGAGUCCGCGCUGCCAACGCAUUGCUGGAAAUGACAGUAUCGUAUGAUGUGAAGGGCGAUGAAGUCCAAGGGGCGCUAACCCUUGCAGCAGAGAAAAGUAGGGAUUCCCGGCAAGCAGGAUAUCGGCUCCUGGUGGCCAGUCGAUACGGGUGCCUGGGCUCUAUUCGUGCCGCAGUAAGGGCGCUGCUGGAAGCACAUUCGCGCAACCCACAGGAUGAACCAGAAAUCCUGUUUGUGCUCUGGAGUAUUGGCCGGAACAAUCCGUGGCUCAUUGAAUGCUUGAGUGACGAGCUACUUCAGGAGGCGAACGGGAUUUUAGAUGGGGAGGGGAGUAUCGAUGAUCUGGCAUACGUGGCCCGGUUGGUUCUUCUGCUGUCGGCAGCAACUUCCCGGAACCGGAAUGUGAUGUCUCUUCUCCCUUCUCACAUGUUUGAGCAUGCUCGAAUUCUUGCAUCGAAAAUUUCCCACAUUCCACUUAAUCUAGAUGUGUGCGUUCUCAGCCACGGCGUCAACAGCUACAUUGCCUUUUCAUCCUCAUCCUCAUCUCCAUCUUCAUGGGAGAACGAUGACACGUGUCGCUUUCCAACUGCUACAGACUCAGACUCGGUCAUUCGUCAGUCAGGUGUAAGGACAAUGGGGUGUGAAGGAGGGGGUUUGACUCAUCCUGCCUGUGGGGGUCGGGGGACGGAGAGGCAAGAAGACGAAUGUUCAAAGAGAGAGGAACUGCGAGAUCGAGAUGAGAAUGAUGAUGACGCAUGUUGCAAUCCUGGCUGUUGGCAACACUCCUGUGCAUUCCCAAGUCAGCAGGCUAGUGGAGGUGGCAAGCGAACGAAGUCCUCCUCCUCCUCCUCCUCCUCCUUCGGCUUCUUGAUCCCGGACGCUCGUCCCAAUCCAUGGGAUCUCGGCUACAAUGCUAAGUCAGCAGCCGCAUUGCCACGCCAGCAAACGGAAUAUGCUGACCAAUCACGACCAUCGCUACCAAAAACUGCAUCUCCUCAAGUGCUACGUGUUAUGCAAGGAAUUAUGGAUGGUUUGGCUUUCAUCAAGACUAGUGUUGAUGGCGGGUGCUUCAGUAUGGCGCUGAAAAGCCUAAGGGAUUGCCGUGCAGAACUUUCAGCAAUUGCUCAGAUGGCUGGUGGCGAGAUAAGCACAAUGGCGAGAUUUUGUGCUCUAUACAUUCGAGCAGUUGCAAUCAUGGUGAAGUUCCGCAGAGCGAUCGUAGCCAUGAAUAGGUGUUGUGGGCACCGUUCCCGCCGAAGACAUGGCCAAGCAUUGUCGUUGGGUCAACUAGCUCAUCAGCUAGUAGAGGUUACGUGGGAGAUGGAGGGCCGUUUCCAGUGGAUUUCCAGUGCUUUAAGGUGGUCUGUCUAUGAGCUUCGAAUCGCGGGCUACCUGAUGGAGUUGUCAUGCCAUCAAUCUCAGUGUAAAUCUGCGGCAGACAUCCAGGAAACAACAGGUGGAAACAAGAGACGAGAAGGCGGCUCGAGCGAAAAUAUGACGCAUAGCAGGAUAUCAGAGGUAACGGUUCGGAAAAUGGUGGGGUUGGUGGCAUGGAUGACAUGUGAAAAGGUUCCGGCAGCGUUCACCCUCCUCCAACAUGUCAAACGACGCUUUCAGGGCAUCUGGGAGAAAGCGGGAAAUGGGAAUGUGGGUGAAGCCCAGUCAUUGUGGAAAAAUUACCUGGAUCAGAUUUCUGCACAGGUGAUAACCUCCUAUUGGCCGAUGAUGAAGCUAACUUGCAACAGAUCAUUGAAUGAGGUGUGGGCAGAUUUGCGACCGCCAUCCACAACUGCUGAUCAUCCUAUCGAGUUCAUCAAGAGGUAUGCGGACCACAUUCCGUAAAGGGCCUGCGGUCUGUUUUUGCUACAAGGUAGCCCCCCAAUGGGAUGGUGUGGCAAACAGAGUGCUACCGUCUUCACCCGAAUAAAGCGUUCAGUCUGGA